AUGUUUUCAGAAUACGCGUCCAAGUUUCUGGCGCAGUCCCAGUCUCGACUUUCCAACUUUGGCCAGCCCGACAGAGGCGAAGGGUCGAGUAGACAACCUGCAGAGCAUCCAUCUCGCUUCUCAAGACAUCCCAACCGGUCCGCGUACCAGUCGAGACUCGGGAAUCCUUAUCAGCCGAGCGGGCAGUCCAGGUUCGGCUUCGCGUCACGGUACAGCGCUGCACCAGAUGCGCCGCUCUUUCACAGCGCCCUGAACGACUUUCAAGACGAUGAUGAGGACGACGUCCGGGACGCUGCCGAUCUACGAGCUCUGCAGCGCUCGCGCAGGGUCUUUGUAUCGAGCAGGCUUGAGGAAAGCUCAGCUUCGGAAAACGAGUUGAGUAGGCAGUCACUGGACCAAAGCGGCGAGCAACAUAGUUAUGAGUAUGACGAGCGUACUCGCCCGAUGGGCAUCAAAAGCAGCUGGAAUGGCGACUCGAGCUUUCAAGAUCGACGGACCAAGAGGACGACCGUCGAUGCUGCAGCAGACCACGCUAAGAGCCCCAGGCGUCACAACUCGGACAGUGACGAAAGCGGCAAGAUGGUGGAUGUGGGCCUCGAAUCGACUGUCAUGGACAACUCCGUCCCUGGUGAUCUCCUACUGGAGACACCUACUGAUCAUGAGCCCCCGGCCUUCCAGCAAUUCAAGAAGGGCCCGUUGAGGAAUCCACAACCCGAGCAUGGCCACGGCCUGAUGCAGACAGUCAUCGCUGAAGAAGACGAGGACGAAGUGCAAGACGCCGCUAUUCCUACAGCGCCAUCACGUCUAUACGGCGAGGUAUUCGUCCACGACCAGUUCUUUGCGUGGAUCUACCUGAUCGCGCUGGCCUCGCUUGUCGCCACUUUCGUGCUGGUCUGGUUGAACACAUCAGCACCAAGUCGGAAGCACCCGAUUGGCGACACCAUCUACACUACCCUACACUCGUCCUUCUAUCUCUUGGCUGUGGACACCCUCGUGUCGGCCAUCGUUGCACUGGUUUGGAUGGCUAUGCUGCGGUCCUUUGUGAGGCCGCUUGCAUUGGUCAUUCUGCUGGGUGUACCAGUGGUGCUCUUCUCAUUCUCCCUGUACCCCUUGAUAUCGAGUUAUCAGGGUCCCGAUGGGGGCAGCCGAUUACAGGACGUCGUCAUGCGCUAUGCCGCCCUUGUGCCGGGCAUCUGUGCGGUAAUCUGGACCUACCUCUUGUACAAGGGCCGCCACGACAUCCAACAAGCAGUGGACAUUCUCGACUUUUCAAGUCGCAUCCUUGGUGCCAACCCGGCACUCGUCUUGCUUGGCUUUGCGUCCUUGGGAUUCGUCGUCGUCUGGACAUGGGUAUGGCUUAGCAUGUUCACCCGGAUAUUCCUGGGUGGCUACUUCUCAAAGUCACUAUCGGCAUUUGUCAUUGGUACAGCCACUUGGUGGCUCGCCAUUUUCUUCUUCCUCAUGUUUGUGUGGACACUUUCGGUUCUGAGCGGUGUUGUCCGGGCCACCACUGCUGGCACUGUCUCGAACUGGUACUUCUUCCGAAACAAGCAGCCGCCGUCGCCGUCCAACGCGAUUGUCAAGGAAGCGCUGAUACACUCUUUGACCACCGUGUUUGGCACCGUCUGCGCCUCGACACUGCUGUCCCUGGCCGUGCGCCUACCAAUCCUGAUCCUCCCGCGGCGGCUCUCGGCAAUCAUUGAGUUCAUCGGGUGGCGCAUUGCCCCACGGCCAGUCACGAUCCUCACCAACCCGCUGGCUCUUACGUAUGCAUCGAUCCAUUCGCAGCCGCUGAUGGAGUCUGCUGGCGCGAUUUCGUUCCUAGGCACGGGGCCGACGACCAGCUUGACACCAAGCACGUUUGAGCGAGGACAGACGACGACUCUGGUGCCUUAUCGGAUGGCCAAGCUGCUGCUUCACGCUGCACGCUUUGUCAUGUCGACGGCGUUGGGUUUUGCUGCGUGGGUGAUGACUGCACGACAGCUCGAGGUGACGCUGCCCGACCGUGGAGGGAUCCGGGGCAGUGCGUAUGCGUAUGUCGUCGGCAUAGUUGCCAGUAUGAUUGGUUGGGGCAUCCUGGGCGCGAUGGAAGGGAUCUUGUCUGGCAUACUGGACGGGGUGCUUGUAUGCUACGCGAGCGAGAGGAGGAUGGGCAGUGGGCGGACGGGAUACUGCAUGGAGGCUGCGCGGCUCUUUGAGGAACGGCAGCACAGACACCGAGACAUGGUGUGA